AUGGAGACAACACUGGAGAACCAAGUUAAUCGAAAAACAUGUGUAUUUAUUAUUGAUGAUAUCUAUACAGGCGAAACUGAAUUGAUGGGGCCGUCAAGAUUAAUAAAUCAUUUACAUAAUCUAUUAAAGUUAUUAACAGUUAUUGAAAACGUACAAGUCAAGUGCCAUAUUGCCAUAUCCAAUAUGCCUUUGUCGUUGAUGCCACUAUCUUUGCUAGACGUUUUAAAUAAUAAUGGUGCUGAUCAAAAGGCUUUGCAAGUUUUAGGGAAGUUCCCUAAUGUACUUAAACUGUUGAAAGGUUUGAUGGCUAGUGAUGCGCGACUCGAAAACUUUCCUCUGGAUGUGUGGCAAUUCAAGAGUAAAGCUUUGGCUAGGGGCUCGAUGAAGAGUAACUUUUUUUCGACAAUUGGUAUCAUUUUGACCGAUUUCUGGGGAUUAUUCCAGAGGAUUGAUUUAUACAAAAGCCAUGGGGGGUCUUUUGGACAGAUUACGUUAUACGGAUCUUUAAGCAUUUCUGCAUCAUCAACAAAGGGUUCAUAUUUAGCUGGUAAAUGGUUAUCAUGUUGA